CACAUUCAGCAAACCGUGCAUGAGAAGGGUGCAGUUCUACCUCAGGAAAUCAAGCUGGGAGCUGGGCAUCCAUUCUACAAGCCAGGAUUCAAUGACAGUAACUUUAAAGGUCAGCAGAGAAGACAGGAGCCAUACAAAAAGUUUAAAGAAGAUUCCAAAGUUACCAGAGGUGAAAGUCAGCCACAUAAUAGAAUACCAAACAAACAGAAUUUUGCAGGUGUAAAUAAGUACAAUGUCAAACUUCUGAAGAGGAAUGAAAGCCCCAACAUGCCUGUAAUUCAGAAGGCUGCAGUUGAUGUUCCCUGUACAGGUGGAAAGAAGGACAAUGAACUUGAAAGCCUUGUAGCUUCUUUGAAAAUUUCCAAAGAAAAUGAAGUGCAGAGUUAUUCCAAGGAAGGGAGAGCUACAAAUGAAGAACAUCUGUCACCACAGUCGUUUGCUAUGAAAGGAACACAGAUGCUCAAAGAGAUUCUGAAGAUAGAUGGCUCUGACCUGGAAACAAGGAACGAAGUGAAAUCCCAAGUUAAUGAUGUUCCUGCUCCCUCUAGUAGACAGGAUUGCCAUGGAGUUGCCUUGCAGUAUAAGCAAACAAAAAAAAUGGCUGCUUAUAUGAACAAGCCUCAUAGCACCGGAGGCCCUCAGAACACACCAGCACUGGAAACUGGAGGUCACCCUUUCACUUGUCCACAGCCUGCACUGUCUACUGUUUCUGAACUUUCUCGUAUCUGUUCUCUUGUUGGAAUGUCGCAACCAGACUUCUCCUUCCUAAAAACGCCACAGACCAUGACAGUUUGUCACAUAAAGUUAUCAAAUGGUUUGUUGGUUCAUGGACCACAGUGUCAUUCUGAAGCCGAAGCAAAGGAGAAAGCUGCGCUUUUUGCUUUACAGCGUUUGAGUUCUCUAGGAGUAAACUUCCCUUUGCCUCCACCUCCACCAGUGUUUGCAAACUAUCAACCACUGGGAGUUCCUGUACCACCUGGACCUAUUCCUCCAGUGUUUGCACAACCCCCCGCUAACAUGAUGCCUCCAUCAUCUCACAUGUUUGGUCCAGUGUCCUGGGGAACUCCAGUGCCUAAACAUUAUUAUCCUGGCUCCUAUCCAGGAAAUGUGUCUCUUGCAGGAACUAUGCCAGUUGGUUCUCACAACCAGUUCAUACCUCUGCAGGUAACUAAAAAAAGGGCUGCUCGCAAGAAAAACUUUGAGGUCAAGGAGUUUCAGACUUCCCCUCAAGCUGCACCACUAAAGAAUGAACAGCCAGUGUCUUCUGACCACAUGCAGCAAGAUAGUUCUUCAGCUCCUUUAAAAUCUCUUCAAGCUGCUCAAUCCACUGUUUCAUUUCAAGACAAUGUGGCUACUCCGAGAGCUCCUCAUAACAAAUCAACACCAAACACUUCCAGCAAGCGAAAGCCGAGAAAGCUGGCUGUCAAUUUUGGCGCACCGAAAUCUUCCGAAUAAGUAGAGUGGCUAGGUGUAUUUUAUCUUUAACUCUUCCCCCACUGUUAUGUUCAUUUAAAGAAACAGAAAGUUUCUAUUAAAAAGACCAGCCACUUUAAGUAUGAUGUAGAGUGAAACGCAUCGUAUUUGCUAUGAUUUUCAGGUUGUUAUGAAAACCAUUAAAAUUAUGUUAAAACUUAACUGUGUUGACUGCAGUUAGCAAAAGCCAGGAAACGCUGAGUUAAGGUUACCGUGCCAUCCGUAGGGCCUGGGUUUCUAUGCAGAGGCUUACAGACUGUCCUGGGUGAGCAGCAAUAACAGUGCUACCUUAACUCCGAAUCGCCGUGCUUUUUGGGAGGGAUGUGGAGCGGUAGGAAGUUGGGCAUCAAACAUUGUUAGUGUGACAUUUUGUAUCCUACCUUAUUUUUAAGUAGUGUAAUAAGACAGAA